AUGGUUGGGAAGGCACGGUCAUCUAAUUUCACAGUGUUUGAAAAGCUUGAUUUGCUUGAGCUGGUGAAGCCAUACAUUGGGGUUUUGGAGGAGCACACCAACAAACAUUCUGUUAUCAUUGAGAAAAACAACUGCUGGGAGAUCAUAGCGGAAAAGUACAACGCAAUAGGAGCAGGCAGGCCUCCGCGGACUGCGCAAGGCCUGCGUACCUUGUACAAGAGGCUAAAGGAGUAUGGCAAGCAGGAGCUUUUUCAAUGCAAGACCUCGCAGGCGGGCUACCAAAACACUGUAUCAGAGGCCACAAAAAAACUUGUUGAGAUAAUUCCCCAGUUUGGAAAUGUGUGUUACGCAAGGGACCUUAACGGCGGCAUAUCUAGGUAAGAAAACUCCUCUCCUGGAAAUGUUUGUCAUGUGUACAUGUCCUCCUUAUUACAGGUCCCUAAUGUCCUCACAAUGUUAUAUUUAUUCUGCUUAUUGCAUUAUGUGUUAAACUAUGAUAUUGGUAAGGGUACAUAAAGAUGUAAGAUCAGGAGAAAAUAAGAGCUGACAAGGUAACCAUGGUUGCACCUGUUAGAGCAUUUUAGGGAGAUUUUGUCUUUAUGACAUUAAAAUCCAGCCUGCAGAAACCUCGGAUUAAGGACUAAGAAAUCUCCAAUUAACUCUUUCAGUGUGUUGUUGCAGCAAGGAAUUAUCAGCUGCAAUGACAUUCUCAUAACCUUAGUGACGAUCAUCUACCCCAGCGUUAACAUGAGUUUCCUGGUUGUUUUUUAAUUUAUGUAGAAGGAGUUAUGUUUACGGAGGAUACUUGUAAAACACCGUUAUAGCCUAAUAUUUAUUUAAACAAAACAACCCUCUCUAGAAUAAGCUGUGCCUGUUUUGUUUGUUUGUAGUGUUCUAACAUGUUGUUUUGAGUCCUUGUUUAUUUUAUGCUUUGUGAUUGCAUGUCUCUUCGCAGGUUAAAUAUUUAGGAACAUACUGUAAACCCCUGACCAGUGCAGGCUAAAGUUGACCACCUCACUGUUUCUGUACUACGUUUCCCAUGAUGCUCAGCUAGCCUUGAGGCUGCGAAGUGUGACAGGAAACACAGCAGACACAUCUCGAUUGUCAAAGCUAGCCAUCACUGCCAUACGUCUAUCAUUUUUCACUCGUGUUCCUCUAUUUCUGGCCUUUAGUUAACACCCUGCAUUUUACCAUCAUAGCAUAUAAGCCUACUACAAAAUAAUAUUUUGAAGGUUUGUUAAAUAGUUUAACAUAUGGUGUAAUUAUACACACGUUUCCCUGGAUUCCUGUCUAACAUAGACUGACAAAUCCUUCUAAAAAAGAAUUUGCCCCUAGUGAAGGAUUUUAAACUGUAUUGUUCAUUCUCUUUCUUCCUGGGAAUUUCUGGUAAAUCGGGGGCAACCAGUAUAUCCCAUUUAAACUCCCAUUUAUUUAACUGUCAAGUCUUGCUUGGAAAACACCAAAGAUCGCUAAGCUACUUGCAUAUAACAAUGCGUGUCUCCCGAAAACAGCAUGUCAAAAUAAAAUCUUGUGUUAGCAAGUUUAAUCAUUUGACAUCAGAAUUUAUUUACUUCUGAAGUCCGUUUACACAUGCUUAACCUCACUGCGUUUUAUAUAAACAUUUUUACAGUAUUACGAAAACAUUUAGUAUCUUGUUCCCCAAUAUUUGGUGAAAGGGGGAAUAUUUUACAAGGGAAUGUCAUAUUUUACGCCAUAAUAGUCCGAAUUGGAGAAUCUUGUCAAUUUGUCUAUUUUGGUCUAAACAAACGUGCAAGAUUGUCCGCUUGGCAGGAAAUCUCCACAAUUCUCAAUUCCGUAAAUAAACCCCCACAGUGUCACAUGAAACCUUCCUUCCUUGUCUUGUGUGUUGAACUAUGUGCCUUGUAAACAGAUAGGUGUGGAGACAAGACACAGCUUUCGUUUUUAAAAACGUUCUAUGACUCUGACCGAAAAUACAUCAACUCCUCCACUAAAGUGAUAGAAUCAAAUUUUAAAAUGCUUUUCACCCUAAUGCAAUCUCCUACCCUGCCCCCAACUGUGUGUACUAGCUCUCCUACACACACUGUAGUCUCCCUAAUACCAGUCUAAACCUGAAAUUCCAGUUCUAGGAUAUAAACUGGCCAGGCCAGCCAAAUCUUUAGCUGGAGGAGCAGAGUUUGUUCAGGGCUAUGUUGAGGGACGGAAGCUUUUUCCAGUGUGAGAGUCUGGAAUCUUUUACUUUCCUGUCUUUUUUUCUAUUUAUUUUUAUUUAUGUCAAACAAUUUACAUUUUUUUUUUUUUUUUUAUUCUGCUCAGUGCAGUGAUCUGUUGUACUAUCAAAGAAUCUCGCAAGUGCAUACAUGUGUUAUUUUAUAUACGGUAAUUGAAUGUAAAUGACAAGUUCACCAUGUUUUAGGAUGCAUUAUGCUGUGGUGCUGUGAAUGAAAAGCACUCCCAGUAGUAUAUAGCCAUUGUACGCUGCAGUAUUGAGAACAAUGAGUCACAGCAGGCAUCCCAAAGGAAGGGCCACAAUUAAUUGGGUGGCUAAUCUCACAGCAUGAAGCAUGGACGUGUAUCUCCCAAAUAACAUGUUAAUUUGGCAACCGGAUACAAAAUUUAUUUGUAAUUCAAUUGGAGAACCUAAAAGUUAAUAGGAAUAAUAAUGUUAAAUUAUAUACUUGCAUGGUAUGUUAUCUCACAUUACUUCUUAUUUUCUGCCUUUUUAAAAAACCUUAUUUGUAUUUAUUUUUUCGUUGUCUCAUCCAGUAAAACAAAUCUGGGUGGAGGACUAAGUGCUCUGUUUGUUUUUCAGGAUUAGUAACUGAGUGUUUGUACUUUAAACCCAUCCUGGCAGACAAGAGGCUAUUGGCACAAAGGUCAUGGCAGCAGUUUGCAUAUGGUUGGUUAAAUGAGCAGCAACCAUUACAGAAAGGGUAGUAUGUACCUGGAAUAGCCGUCCAGUGAAUUCUGACAAUCUAGCACCAUCAAUAUUUAACCCCUUAAGGACACAUGACAUGUGUGACAAGUCAUGAUUCCCCUUUAACCCCUCAAUGACCAAACUUCUGGAAUAAAGAGUGGAUUUGCUAAAGGCUUACUCAGACAUCUGUUGCAUUCAAAGCUGACUCUAUUAAAAUCACAUCAUGGCAGGGUUCUUAUGAUUGUUUAUUUUAUAUUAUUAUAAGGUGGUUAUUUAGUAGCCUUUUAUUUCUACGUUGUCAAUGCUAUCUGGUCAUUAAAGGGACACUCUAAGGGCUAUAUAAAUUUUCUCUUUUUAUUAUCAUUAUUUUUGGCAUUUUUUUUUGUAGCUAAAUUGGUUAUAGUACUUAAGGUCUAUUUAGUGUUAAACAAUUUUUAAACAUUUUAACACCGUAUUCCCUGGCCGCUUGCAGCCUGACCGCCCACUGGAGGUAAGGCUAAUACAGAGAAUGCACACUUCCUUCUUGUCAUAACAAUUCAUACUGGCAAUGGCAACUGAUAGGCUGCAAACGAUCAGUUGAUACUUCUAACCAAUCACUGACUCCCAUUUCCCCUUAGGCUAGUGCUUCUUUAUUAGCAUACGCAGCAUAUAGGAAGUGGGCUGUUGGAGACUUUAGCAUUAAAAAAGGUUGGCUUCAGGGAACUAAAGAUAAAGCAGUUAGGGCCUACAGUGAAACUGUCACCACUUUCCUGACCCUCUGCAAUUUUCUUACAGAGGUGGGUGUUUUAAUUCUGUAACACCCAUCUCCAGUUCGCCCAUGCCUCUUCUCAGUUCUUCGUUGGUUUGCCCUGCUUUGGGACACUUCCACAAGCAGAUUAAAGGAUCAUUAUAGUGUCAGGAAAACAAAUCUGCCCCCACCCUCAGGGUCCCCCUCCCAUGGUGCUGAAGGGGUUAAAACCCCUUCAGUUACUCACCUUCUUCCACCGCGGGGCUCCCUUACCUCUCCUCCCCUGUCUGACGUCAGCGGAGCGGAAUGUGCAUGCGCAACAGUGCGCACAUUCAGAGUGUCCAUAGGAAAGCAUUUUUCAAUGUUUUCCUAUGGACGCUCUGGUUGAUGGAGGUAUAAUAUGCCUUCAGCGUCGCAGAUGCGCCUCUAGUGGCUGUCCAGAAGACAGCCACUAGAGGCUGGCUUAACCCCAAAUGUAAACAUAGCAGUUUCUCUGAAACUGCUAUGUUUACAGCAGGCAGGGUUAAAGGACCACUAUAGUGCCAGGAAAUCAUACUCGUUUUCCUGGCACUAUAGGGUCUCUAUGUUCCCCCCACCCUUGGGGCCCCCUCCCGCCGGGCUCUAGGGGUGGAAGGAGUUAAACCUUACCCGUUUUCCCCGCCGGGGAAGUCUCCUCCUCCUUUUUUGCCGUCAUCGUCUGCACAUGCGCGGCAAUAGCCGCGCGCGCAUUUAGCCAGUCCACAGGAAAGCAUUCUCAAUUCUUUCCUAUAGACACUGGCGUCUUCUCACUGUAUAAAUCACAGUGGGAAGCGCCUCUAGCGGCUGUCAAUGAGACAGCCACUAGAGGCUGGAUUAACCCAUAGGUAAACAUAGUUUCUCUGAAACUGCCAUGUUUACAGCAGAAAGGGUUAAUCCUAGAUGGACCUAGCACCCAGACCACUUCAUUAAACUGAAGUGGUCCUUUAAUCCUAGAGGGAUCUGUCACCCAGACCACUUAAUUAAGCUGAUGUGGUCUGGGUGACUAUAGUGUCCCUUUAAAUCUUUUUCAUGAUGCAGACAUGCCGGUGUCUGAACUGAUUGACGUCCGGUCACGAAGUUUCUACACUUCCUUGCCAGCACUAGUAGUGCAUGCGCUGUGGUUGCUAUGUGUGGAGAGCAGGAAGAUCUUCUCCUCUCCCUGUCUCUCAAUUGAUUGACAGAUGGGAUAUUUUUUUUUUAAUCUGUUUUUCUUUUCUCCAAAUCUAUAAUUUUGAUUAAUCUUGCAUAAUGUAUAGAUGGAAUUUGAAACUAUCUUAAAAGAUCUAUAGUAAAAAUAGCAUGACCUUUUCACUUUACUUACAUGGAAUGUCAAGUUUAUUUAGCUUUGGUAGUAUUAUACAGCUAUGCUGUGCCUAAGUGAGUGUCCCAGAACUGAAUAAUUUUGAACCGAAAUUUCUGAAAGGCUUCCCAAAUAGAUGAAUAACGCAUAUAGUCCUUCGAAUCCUGCGUUGAAAGCUGAAAUACACUGGGUUAUGACCAUGGAUCGGAUUUUAUCCAUGGUUCUCCCCACUUUAGCAUCUUUUUAAAAAAAUUAUUGGAUCUGUAGAUUUCCUAUGCAGGUGUCUCUUGAUAGGAAAAUACUUUAAAGGGCCAUGAGAGAUCUGGUUGAGAGAACUGGGAAAAAAUUUUUCACUUUUUUUUUUCUUCACUCUUCUCCUUGUAGAACAGCAUCAGUACUGCUGAUUUCACAGCUAAUAGAAUGCUUCUCAUAGCAUUGGGAAACCUACCAAGCAAGUAGGUCUAGCAGCCCCUUGGGUCACCCUUCCCUUAUCCUCCCUGAUUUUUCCCCAUCAAUUUAAUUGUUUACAUGUGGAUGGUCAUGUCAUGAAAUGAAAUUUUAGAUUGUGUACUUCUAAUCCAAAUGCAUGGAUUACAGUACAUUUAUGACUUAAAAGAACAAAGUGUUUUCCUAACACUAAAGUGUCCCUUAGCGCCCCCACCCACCGCUAUUAAUGAAAGGGUUAAAAAACCUUCCUUUUUACCUAUGUUAAGUGCCAAGGCAUCUCUGCACUAUUGAGCUCUUACUCCGCUAAGGUCAGCCAAUUGGUGGGGGGGAACCUAAUGCGCAUGUGCGAGGAGUGACCAAAAGCAAUUAAUAAAUGCUUUCCUAUGGGGUUUUAGAAGAUGCUAGAUGUCCUCAUGAAAAGUGAAAUUAAAUGAAAAUAUUAUUACAAUGCCAAUACUACUCAUUCAGUAUACCCUCUGAAAUCAUACCCAUGGGGGAUAGAACGACAGAGCAAAUACUAUAUAGAAAAGCCAACGGGACCAGAGUAGGUAGAGAAUGGGGAAACAUAGAGAAAGAAAGAAAGAACGAACCACAUGUAUUAUGUAGCAAAACAAAUGUCAGUUCAGACUGGUUCAAGCUGGAGGGUCCGCCGGCCCAGCUAAAGCCGGUCUCAGAACAAAUGGUGAAAUUGCGCCAACUGCCAAAGGCUUGCGUCCCUGCGGGGGGAGCGACUACGCCAGUAUCCCCAGCGCUUGAAGAAAGGCUGGUGCCUCUUAAGGGUGAACAUCCUUUUCUGCUAGUAGGCGACGUGGGCCUCAUUUGUAUGGGAUCUUAGUUGUGGAACGUAGCGACUGCCUCCAUGUUAUGGUGGACUUGGAGAGAUCGCUAUAAAAGGACAGCUGUGAGCCCUCAAAGCUCAGUUGAGGGGACGCUCUGGUAGCCUCCAUCAAUUCGUUUUUUUCAGAUUCCCCCUCUGAGGGUGCUUGUGCGGCUUUACACAAACGAAAACAGCGGUCAUUAAUGGCCUGCUUGGCCAGUCUGGGGGACAGCAACGUGGACAAUAGCUGCCGGACAUAGUGGGGUAAUUCUGCAGGAGAAGUCGUCUCAGGUACUCCCCUAACUCAUACAGUGCGGGCCUUGGCCCUAUCUUCCAGGUUUGCCAUUCAUACACCUAGUUCUCCACACGUCUUCUGCAGAGUAUUAAGCGCAGCGUCUGUGGCAGAUUGCACCAACCGCGUGCCCCCCAAAUCUUCCUCAAUGGCUAGAAUGCGGUCUGUCAGCAUAGUAACUUCCUCUUACCACAUUCAUGUCAGCCUGGGACAUUGCUUUAAUGUCCUGUAACAGGGCUUUAAUAUCAGCCUUGGUGGAGGGAGCAUUAUACUCUUGCUUCAUGGGCUGCUGUACCUGCAUGGUAGCUGGGUCCUACUCCUGGAAACUCUCAUCUUCAGAGGAGGCAGUGGAGUGGGUCUUAGUCGGCACCGUCUUGGAUGGGGCAAGCUGCUGACUCUGUCGGAGUAAAGCUCGGAUAUCUCGAUGAUCUGCUCGGUUUGUUGGAGCAUCACCUCAUUCAGCUGGUGGUCAUGCGCUCAGUUUCGUGGUACAGAUUGCGUUCAGCCCAUUGCAAGCCGUUUAUGGAGUCGACAGCACGGAGCUAACUAGAAGUGCGGCCAUCUCUUGUGGGCGCUGGCUCUGGCCACUGACCCUGUAGUGUUUAAUCCACAGUUUAAGUGAAAUCGCGUUAUUUCCAGCGCUAGUCCGCCAAUGCUGGCCCGCCCCCGAUCCGCCUCCUUGGUGACAUCAGAAUUGCUGGUUUUGAACCAAUCCAAUGCUUUCCAUAGGGAGAGCAUUGGAUUGGCUGAAAUCUGCAAGGAGGCGGGAUGGGGGCAGGGCCAAACUUGUUUUUUUCGCCAAUCUGCACCUCCUCAUAGAGAUACAUUGAAUCAAUGCAUCUCUGAGGAAAAUUUAGUGUCCCCAUGCAGAGCGUGGAGACGCUGUGCAGCACUGUCCCAGGAAGUACAUCCAGUGGCCAUCUGAGGAGUGCAUUGUAAACAUAGAAAGGACAGUGUUUGCAUUAAAAUGCCUGAAAGCAAUGCUUAUACUCACCAGGACAACUACAUUAAGAUGUAGUUGUUCUGGUGACUAUAAUGUCCCUUUAAAGUGGAACUGUAAACUUGGCAUUGGUGACCGUCCCAUAUUUCCUUUUCUCCAGUACAUGCUGUUGAUGCUUUACUGCAGUGGAGGUUAGUAUAGGACCCAAUAAGGGACACUAUAGUUACCAAAAGAACUUUAGCUUAAUUUAGCUUAAAGGGAUCCUAUGGUGCCUGGAAAACAAAGCAGUUUUCUUGGCACUAUAUGGUUAUUAGGUCCCCCCCUUCACUGGGGGUCCCCCUCCCACAGGCCUGAAGUGGUUAAAAUCCCUUCAGCAACUUAUCUGAAUCCAGUGCCGAUGUCCCCUGGGUCAACGGACGUCAGCCGGCAGGGGCGACUUAAUGCGCAUGGCCAGCAAUGGCCGCGCGCAUUCGACCUCCCCAUAGGAAAGCAUUAUUCAAUCUGACGCUGCAGGUCCAUGAGGACGUCCAGCGUCCGAUAACGGACCAAAAGUCCGUUUGGAUUCCGGAAGCCCUCAAGUGGCUGUCUGGUAGACAGCCACUGAGGGCAGACUUAGAGCUGCAAUGUAAACACCGUAGUUCUCUGGAACUGCAAUGAUUUACAUUGCAGCACUAAGAGCAAAAGGGUCACAGCACCCAGACCACCUCAAUUAGCUGAAGUGGUCUGGGUGCCUACAAUGUCCCUUUAAUGAAGCAGUUUUUUGUGUAUAGAUCAGGUCUCUGAAGUCUUACUGCUCAGUUCACUGCUAGUUAGGGGUUAAACCACUUUUGUUUGUCUGUGCAGCCCUUUCCCUGGUUCUGACUGACACAACUUGCAUGAAAACAAGAGUUUAAUUUUUAAUCACAUGGGAACUUACUAUUUAAUUACACACAGGAGGCUACUGCAGGAUCCAGCAAGCAGGAGAUAAGAAACUCUAAACAGAAUUUGCAAUAAAGUAAGUGUAAACAUUAGAUGCCUCUUUACAGGAAGUGUUUAGGAAGGCUGCGUAAGUCAGAUGCAGGGUCAUGUGACUAGGGUUGCAUAAACAGUGAUUUAACUCCUAAAUGGCAGAGAAUUGAGCAGUGAGACUUUAAGGGCAUGAUCUAUACACCAAAACUGCUUUUAUUAACCCCUUAAGGACCAAACUUCUGGAAUAAAAGGGAAUCAUGACAUGUCACACGUCAUGUGUCCUUAAAGGGUUAAAGGACCACUAUAGGCACCCAGACCACUUCAGCUCAAUGAAGUGGUCUGGGUGCCAGGUCCAUCUAGGGUUAACCCUGCAGAGAAACUGCUAUGUUUACACUAGGGUUAAUCCAGCCUCUAGUGGCUGUCUCAUUGACAGCCGCUAGAGGCGCUUCCGCACUUCUCACUGUGAAAAUCACAGUGAGAAGACGCUGAUGUCCAUAGGAAGGCUUUGAGAAAUGCUUUCCUAUGGACUGAUUGAAUGUGCAUGCGGCUCUUACCGCACAUGCACAUUCUGCGCUGACGUCAGAAGAGGGUGGAGAGUUCCCCAGCACCGAGGGAGCCCGGCGCUGGAGAAAGGUAAGAGUUUAACACCUUCAGCCCGGAGAGAGUGUGACCCUGAGAGUGGGGGGGACCCAAAGACUCUAUAGUGCCGAGUUUGUUUUCCUAUAGUAGUCCUUUAAGCUAAAGUUGUUUUGGUGACUAUAGUGUCCCUUCAACUCCACGCCACUCCUCAGUACUAGUGCUUACAUAUUUUCAAGAAGGACAGUUGUGACAAUUUUCUUCCAUAACACCAAACACAUAUUGGCACACAGCCCAGGCACGUAUCAUCAUAAGAAUCCCAUGAUUUAUGUUUUUGCCACACUAUGCCUAAAUAAUAUAUAAUUUGCUAUAAACAUUUUGGUUAGCUAAUGUUUUUUUCUUUUACUCUUAAAGAGGUAGGUAGAACAUGUAUCAGCAGGGCCCUUAGCACUCCUAGUUCCUUUCUGGCACCCGCACCUCCCAGUUUUUGAAUGCAGAGCUUUGAGAGACAAUCCCACAAAGCAGAUCAUAUGAUAAGCAGGAUUCAGCCAGCAGUAGCUUAGUGGCUUGCAUCCGGCCUCUUAAAAGCUGCAUUUGUCCUUUGUGCCUGCUUAUAUUAUAGCUGCUGGGGUAAUGGGUAAUUUGAUUCCUGUACGUUCCUUUUCUCAUGGUCUCAAACUUGUUUUUACUUGAUUCCUUUGAAUCUAAUGCCAUUCCAAUGCAAACUGUGCCCAUUGUAGCAGAUCACAGAUAGACGGCAUGAGCAAAAAAUAGGAGUAAAAGAAUCCAUAAUUCUUACCAAGAGAGUUCCUGGCAGAAGGUUCUCAACCCACAAAAAGCACAAACACAAGAUAUAUUUCAGGGCAAAAUUCUGUACUUAAUCGUAAUGUUAAAGUCAUAGCUUUAUUCCCUGAUAACCUUAUAAAUAGUAGGAAAGUAUAAAUACAAAUAUGCAUUGUGUUUGAAUAAGGGGGGUGUACAGCAGGGAAAAAGCAGUGUUUUGUGCCUCAUGCAAUAGGAGGAUUUGAGUCAUGUCAACUCUUCCUAGCACAGAGACUUGAUGGUGCAGAGGAGAGCAAGUGGAUCCCACAUGCUAACUGCUCCAGGCAUCCUGCAGAGGGAGCUAGAGCUGCCAUCAGUUUUGGCUAUAUUUUAGGAUCAGUAAAAACUGCAGAUGAUGAAACUCACAACUGAUGGUUUCCAUUUUUAGCAGUGAAGACUACAAUAGAAUAUUUUCAAGUGCUUUUAGUGAAUUCACUGUAAGCAAGGAUAACUGCCUUCAUCCCUGCCCAAAAUGCUGUACAUGGUAUCUCACUCACAGAGCAAAGUCCACAUUAGGGGGUUUGAGAUGAUGUGAAACAAGGAGGCAUUCCUCAAUGUUUAUAGUAAAACGUGUUUUGUUCUGUUGAUAUUCACUGAUUUGUGCUCUUAUAUUUUGUAUUUCAGUGAAACCAUUUGCUCAGAGACAGACCCUAACCUUAGCUCUCAACACCUACAAUUGCAAGAUCAGUUGGCAUCUGUCACAGUGCAACUGGAGCAAGAAGAGGAUGUCAAACCUCCACCAUCGUUACUCCUAAAUCCACCACCUAUUGCUCUUCAAGAAGAUUCAGAGGAUGUCGAGUUUGAACAUGAUCUAGAAAGGUCAUUAUCUCCUUCAGUGUCUUCUGUUGACGUUAGACUAUCUCUGUCUCCUCCGCUUCCUAGGAUAGAGGAAUGCUAUAGCCGUACAGAUGAACGUUUAAGAUCAACCUGUCGAUACAAUCCUGAAACUUUGCAAAUGGUAAAGAAGGAGCACGAGAUGAUCUUGAGUAAUCAAAGACAAUAUGGACUUUACAUCAAGGAGAAAAGGGAAGGUUUGAAAAGACGACAGCACUUGGAAGAGGAGCUGCUAAAGGCCAAGAUUAAAGUGGAAAAACUUAAGGCAAUUAAGUUACGCCGUGAUCUACCGGAGUACAGUAAUCUGUAAAAAUACAAAAUGUGUUUUUUAAAGUUUAUUUAAAAUAUAUAUUCAGUUGGACUGUUUGAAAGCGGUGGGGUUUCUAUUUACAAGGAACAUAACUUGAAAAUUGACCAGAAAAAAAUGUUUUUUUUUUUUUUUUUGCAUUCAACGCAAUGUUUCUUUUAGAAAGGUUUUCAUUUAACUGUGUAUCAACAAAUAAUGCAGAUUUUUCGGCAGUACCAAUAAAGAGAUAGGGAUUCAAAGUACACAGUCCCUAAAAUUUAAAAUGUAUCCUAUUUUUAUUUUUUUUAAAUCGUAGAAGCAGGCGCUCUAUAUAUCUAUAUCUAUAUCUAUAUAUAUUUUCCUUGGAUAUUUUCAUACUGAGGCCUCUCUACUUUUAAGGCUACAAGCUUCACUCUAUUCCAGUUAUAAAUCUGAUAGAGAUUUUAACAAAAUCCAGAUGUCCAAAAAUGCAGAAACAUAAGACUUGUACUCUAGACCAAGGCUAGAGCUCAUAUGUUAUUUUAGAAAAUCUUCCUCAGCUCGGGCAGUAACAGAGGAUUGUCUCUCAUCUGCAAUCUAUUAUUAUGCUCCUUGAAUUGAUCUGCUGUGGCCCAGGCAAGGAGAGAAAACACUUUAACCUUAAUGGUUCUUUUAAAUGUAAUUGGUCCAUGCCAAAGCAUCUACAGUAAUGCAACAUGACUUUUGGCAUAUGUAGCCGUCUUGAAUGUUCUAUUUUCAUAUUUUAAUGCAGGGGAUACUGUUCGAAAAAAAAAAAAGUAAAUUUUAUAUUUGUAUAUUAUUUAACCUGGAUGAAAAGAAAAAACUAUGUAACUGAUACUGCAUCAAAAAAUCUUUUUUUUUUUUUUUCCUUCUUUCUUCCCCAAGUAAAAAAAAAUAAAGAACUAUGCAAAUGACUCAACUGUGCUGGUUUUUCUAGAUAUGACAGUUCUUUUAAAGCAAAAUUACAAGCCUGUUACUAUAGUAACCAAUGUCAAACUUUAAAUGCAUCUGAAAAUCUCCUGUUUCUAACCGGUGGGCAGUUUUUUAGUAGCAGUAAAAUAUCAUGAUUAUUAGCAAACCUGCAAAAUAAUCAUUGGCCUGUUUUUUGUUUUUUUUUUAAUUCUCGUUUUAGUUAUUGUCUUCUGUAUUGGUUAUGGUGUCAGAAUUUAAAAUAACACAUUUUUUUCUGUCUUCUGAGAGCGUUACCGGACACCCAGCCAAGGUGUCAAACCUUGCAGACGUGGUUUCAUUGUUGCUAUAUGACAGCGCAAGGGCAUGUGACAGCACAAUCCUGUCACCAUAAGCACUGCAAAGUGCUUUAAUGGCUUUAGUGCUUUAACUGCCCCUUCAAAUCUCAGCUGUGACAGUCAUAAUAUUGACUCUUAAUUUGUAAUUAUGGCAAUAAAAGCAUUUUAAAAUUAUGUACUUUUCAUUGAUUAUAAAAUAAUAGAGGUGGGUACACUAUCAUUUUAAUGAGGGAUUCACAUGACCUAAUAUAUACUUCACAGCCCUUAACACAGAAUCGUAAUGUAUGCAAUUUUGAAUAUACUCACUUAAAGACUGUGAGGGCCUUCUGAUAUUAAAGGGUAAAGGUAACGUGCAGUUGGUGUAGGUAUAAAAUUAUACUCCAGUACUUUUAGUCAAUCUUAGUUUACCUAAUGACUGUGAUCCAUUUGCAGCUGUAUCCAGUGCAACAACAUUUAGUAACCUUCACUAAAUUGUAAAAACCUAACACCAGCCCCAUUUUCAUCCAGUGUAGAACAACCGUUAAAGCUGACUAUUUGUAGAAGGUGGAUCAAACUCACAAUAAAAGAAUCAUGACUUUUGUGGUUUUAAAAGUUUAAAGUACCACUAAAUUCAUCAGAUCACAUUAUCUCAAUGAAGUGGUCUGGAUGCAGUGGCCCUGUAGUUUUAACCAUGCAAUGUAAAACAUUUCAGUUUAGUUUACACUGCAAGGUUAAACACAUCUUUAGUGGCUGUCUUCCUGAUGGCUGUUAGAUGCACUUCCUCUGCAACAACCGAGUAAAACUCUGUCACAUGACGUUACUGUAUUGUGCAAUAAAAUGUGCCUUUCACAAGAAAGUAUCAAAUUGUCACUCAAGUCUUGCUUGACAGCUGUCACUACUCAUGUCACGUUCAUAUAUUUUUUGUGUAUGUCAAAUACGGAGUGUUGCUCUGUGAAGGAUCCUUCCAGUUGUUUAGGAUUGUAUUUACAUUAAAUUGUAAGGUGGUAUGGCGGUUUGCAAUAACUGCAUAAAUCAAAUAUCCCAUACACACUUCCCUAAAUCUCAUUACAGAUGGGAUGAGGGAAUGAAUGGAAAGAAGUGCUCGUGUAGAUCCCAUGAAAGGUUGUCAAGAUGGGUUUUCUCACAGUUGGAUAUCGAAUAUGUACAUACUUUGAGAAUUUGUGCAACAUUGAAUUGAUUUACGAAGAUCUCUGUAUUAUAGGAUUUGUGCUAGCUGUAGGUCCUUGUCUCUUCAUCCCUGUCAAAUAAUAUGUAAGUGGAGAGGUCACCAUCCGUUUGGCAAUAAAAUAAAUAUGUAUGUUGGAUUAUGGAUGUCACAAUCCGAUAUAGACAAUUUUAAGUUAAUUUCAAGCCCCAGAAGAUUUUGAGGACACUUGUGAAGGUGCUGCUUUCCUGCAUUCCCUUUCUAAAUGUUUGCUUAGAUUACUUUUGAUCUUUGUUUUCUGCAGUGGGAAGCAUGGAAUUCUGUUUCCACUAACACAAACACUUUUGUGUCAAUGCCAUUGCACAAGUUAUAAGCUUAUAUUUUUCAACACUGCAUAAGUGUAUCCAUAUACCUGUAAAAAUAUAUAUAUUUUUUAUUGCGAAUAAAGUCUUAGAGAAUAUAUAUAUAUAUAUAUAUAUAUAUAUAUAUAUAUUAAAAUAUUAACUUUUUUUUUUUUUUGCAGCAUCUUUGCAUGCAGCAAAUGGAAAUGCAGAACAUAUAGUGACUGA